UUAAGAUGAUCAGUGGAAUCAUUGAGUCUUCCUUCCACUACCUGAGAACAUUAGCAAGCAGAGGGACCUUACAUGCCCUGGAUGCAAAAAUGCCACCUACUUCAAGAUGAUGAGACCAUCCUGUCUAUUGCUCUGCAUGCUUCUUGGAGCACAUACAGGCUUGCAUGCUGUGCAGAAGAUGGAUUAUUUUGUACUCCUUCUUUGGACUUUACCUGUCACCAUCCUGAAAUGCACCACUAUGCCUUUCUUGACAAUCCUGUGGAUUGGAAGCUUUGACAAGACAUUUCAACUCUACUGCCUAUGUGUAUCAUUUGCUGUCUCCUUAGCUGGUGACAGUAGAUUUCCAGGAAUUAAUCCAGAUUAUGUCUUUGUUACGCCAGUGGAAGUGGACUCCAAUGGAGCUUACAUCUCACAUGAUAUCUUGCACAGUAGCAGGAAGAAGAGGUCUACACGAAGUGUAAAGACUUCCUUGCACUACAGAUUUUCAGCAUUUGGACAGGAACUACACUUGGAGCUCCAGCCCUCUUCGCUGCUGUCAAGUGAUUUUGCUGUGAAUGUUCUAGGUAAAGAUGGAUCCUUUACUGAUUUCGAACAGACUGUGGAGCCAUGUUUUUAUCAAGGAUUUAUCAGGAACUAUGAGAACUCAUCAGUAGCCUUAUCUAUGUGUGUGGGCAUGUCAGGUUUCUUAAGGACACGUUCAAGUGAAUAUUUUAUAUCAUCUAUACCGGAGCAUCUUGCAGAAAAGCACAACUUUACCUCUCCUGAAGGACAUCACCCACAUGUACUCUAUAAGCGAUCAGCGGAAAGUAAAGUAAAUCUUCACUCAGGAAAGCAGUUUUAUGGCUCUGCAAACCAGUCACAUGGUAAUGGACAAAAACAACAUUUUUGUGGAAGGCACAAAAAAUACCAGAAUAGAAGCAACAACAAAUUAAAGCCAGAUGAGAAUGUCCACCUAUCCCGAUCUAAGCGCUCUACAGACAAAUCUCAGCAAGGUGGAAGUUUGGUUGUAGAAACUCUAGUAGUGGCAGAUAAAAAAAUGGUGGAGAAACAUGGCAAGGAAGGAGUGACCACCUACAUAUUGACAGUGAUGAACAUGGUAUCUAGUCUCUUCAAAGAUGGGACCAUUGGAAGUGACAUAAACAUUGUUGUUGUGAGUCUGCUACUUUUGGAAGAGGAACCGGCGGGACUCAAGAUCACUCACCAUGCCGAUCAAUCCUUAAAUAAUUUCUGUCAAUGGCAAUCUGCUAUCAUAGGAAAAAAUGGGAAAAGACAUGACCACGCCAUAUUGUUGACAGGACUGGAUAUCUGUUCUUGGAAAAAUGAACCUUGUGAUACUUUAGGUUUUGCACCAAUUAAUGGUAUGUGCAGCAAAUUUCGCAGCUGCACCAUCAAUGAAGACACAGGUUUAGGCCUGGCUUUUACCAUUGCUCAUGAGUCUGGUCAUAACUUUGGAAUGGUACAUGACGGAGAAGGGAAUCCUUGCAGAAAGGCUGAGGGUAACAUCAUGUCCCCCACUUUGUCUGGAAACAAUGGUGUGUUCUCCUGGUCAGCCUGCAGUAGACAGUAUCUGAAGGAGUUCCUCAGCACAGCUCAAUCCUCCUGCCUUGUUGAUGAGCCAAAGCAAUUAGGACAUUUCCAGUAUCCUGAGAAGCUGCCCGGACAGAUCUAUGAUGCUGACACUCAGUGUAAAUGGCAAUUUGGACCAAAAGCAAAGCAGUGUAGCCUGAGUUUUGUAAAGGAUAUAUGCAAGUCUUUGUGGUGCCACAAAUAUGGCCACAGGUGUGAGACAAAGUUCAUGCCAGCUGCUGAGGGCACAGUCUGCGGUUUAAAUAUGUGGUGCCGAAGGGGACAGUGUGUGAGAUUUGGAGACAAUGGACCACGACCAGUUAAUGGAGGAUGGUCAGAUUGGUCAGAUUGGUCCCAGUGUUCCAGAGACUGUGGUGCCGGAGUGAAGUUUCAGGAGAGGUUCUGCAAUAACCCAGUACCUCAGCAUGGAGGGAAAUACUGCCAGGGCUCAAGCCGUAUUUAUCAGAUAUGUAACACUCAGGCUUGUCCUCCAAACACUCUGGACUUCCGCGCACAGCAAUGUGCUGAAUACAACAGCAAGCCAUUCAGAGGGUGGUACUACAAAUGGAAGCCCUACACAAAGGUAGAAGAGGAGAAUAUCUGCAAGCUGUACUGUACAGCUGAAGAUUUUGACUUUUUCUUUGCAUUAUCCAACAAAGUAAAAGACGGGACACCAUGCUCUCCGAAUGGACUUGAUAUUUGCAUUGAUGGCCAUUGUGAGCUUGUAGGGUGUGAUUAUGUUCUUGGAUCAAAAGCAACUUUGGAUGCCUGUGGGGUCUGUAAAGGUGAUAAUUCUACAUGCACGUUUUACAGAGGACAGUAUCUGAACGAAUACAAAACUAACGACUACUAUUCUAUUGUCACUGUUCCAGCGGGUGCAAGAAGUAUUAGUUUCCGAGAGCUCCGAUAUUCCACCAGCUAUCUUGCUGUGAGAAACCUCAAUAGAAAGUACUAUUUGACUGGAGAAUGGACUAUUGACUGGCCUGGAAAGUUCUUAUUUGCUGGAACCACUUUUCAUUAUCAAAGAUCAACACAGCAACCAGAAAGUCUGUAUGCAGCUGGACCAACCAACGAGACUUUGGUUUUGGAAGUUCUUUAUCAAGGAAAUAAUGGGGGAUUUUCUUGGGAGUAUACCCUACCCUUUUCUGCAAAUGAAGAAACAGAUGUAAAGAAAACAAGUUUUGCUUGGGUCCCUAUGUAUACAGAAUGCUCGGUUACAUGUGGUGGUGGUCAAAUGAAUAUGAAAUUUGUAUGUUUGCAAGAUUUUCGUAUUCAAGUUAAUUCCAGCUUAUGUUCCUUGUUGAGCAAACCUCUUAUGGAGCCAAAACUAUGUAAUAGCCAACUGUGCCCAGCCUUUUGGUCAGCAGGUCAGUGGAAUCCAUGUACUGCUUCUUGCGGUGGUGGCCAACAGACCAGGACUAUUCAGUGUCUCCAGAAAAAAGCUCUUCAGGGUGAGGAAUUGGUUGGGCACUCUAACUGCCCAGUGAGUACACCUGUCCAAGUCCAAAAGUGUAACACCCAGGACUGUCCAGCAGAAUGGAGCACUGGACCAUGGUCUCAGUGCUCCCGAUCUUGUGGAAAGGGAAUUAAGAAACGAGAAGUUUAUUGCAGAAGUGUCAACUUAGAGAAAUAUAAAAUACUUCCAGAAAACCUUUGUACAGGCAGCGCAAAGCCAGAGUCUGCUGAGAGCUGUAUGUUAGCACGCUGCCAGAAAAAUGACAAAUUGCAAUGGGUGAUAUCUGCAUGGACUGAGUGUUCAGCGACAUGUGGUCCUGGCGUAAGAAAGCGUGAACUAAAGUGUGGAGAGCAAGACACUCAUGGCAAACUUGUCACCGUUCCUCUGAGAAGAUGUCGUAGUAUCCGAAAGGUUAAUGUAGCCCUGGAGCAGCCGUGCAAUAACAAACCAUGCCCUCUGCAAUCACCCUACUCUACACUUCAUGGAUGGCAUACAUCUCCAUGGCAACCGUGUACAGUGACAUGUGGUGGAGGUGUACAGAUACGAAAUGUCCAGUGUCUUCAUCACGGUAGACCUGCAAUGGGAUGUUUGCCGCAUCAGAAACCUUCAUCUUCCCAAGCUUGCAACAUAAACUUCUGCCCGUCCUCAGGAAUGAAAGAAGAUCCUUCAUGUGUGGACCACUUCAGCUGGUGCUCCCUUGUCCCUCAACAUGGAGUCUGCAACCACAAAUUCUACGGGAAACAAUGUUGUAAGUCAUGUACAAGGAAGAAACACUUCAGUGACACCGGAUGACUUCCCAGCAUUGUUUAUGACUUUCUCUGAAGCUAAAAAUUAAUGCAAUGAAAAGUUAAUUAUCUCUGGAAAAUUGUUUGAUGUUAAGGCUAAAAAGUCACAGACAAGUUCCAGACAAUCAGAUUUUUCUGAUAAAAAGUUUGUUUGUGAAUUCCAGCUGCAAGCGCAACAUUGAACCUAUACUGGAAGGUAAAUUCAUUUUGAGGAACCUUUGCAGUGGUCACCAGCAUAAACAGGUGGAAUGUGUCCUUUGACAAAAUAUUGUGGUUUUCAUCAUGUUAAAGACCUUGUUUGUAAACCUUUUGUAGCAGAUAAUCUGGUAGACUGUAUUUGAAUAUCCAAGUCCAAAAAAGUUCCAUAUUUGAAUAUCCAAGUCCAAAAGUGUAACAGAUAGACAAGAAUUCCAUGAUGUGAUGGUUGGACUUUAUAGAAAUAUAGAUUUGAGGAUCUAUAAUAAGUAACUUUGUAUUUCAUAUUCAAAGUACUUCUCAUCCUUCUACCUGAAUAUGGACUAGAAAGUGGUUCUGCUUGGUCCUUGCAUGUAGGUGCUAUUACACUUUGAUCAAAGUUACUGAUGGUGCUCUUCACCUUGCUGCUGGAGAAGUAGGGUGGUUAUCUUAUAAACCUUCUGAAUUCAUAUGUAUAGGAAAUUAUUAAAACAGAGACAUAAAGGUAACAUGAGUUAGAAAGUCAGAUGUCUUAUGACUGUGUGUUAUAACUGGCUCUAAUGGGUUUUAAAACAAAUUGCUGCAUGAGUUACAUUACUUUUCUACAAGCCAAUUGUGCUAUGACUUGGGACUUCACAUCAUGAAAAACAGCCUUUCUCUAAGCUCCAACUUAAAAGGUUAUUCCACUCCCCAGCGUCCGGAACAUUGAGUUCUGAACACUGUGUGCGGGCUUCCGUGUUCAUGUCCGCCCCCUCGUGAUGUCACGGCCUACCCCCACAUUGAAUGCCUACGGGAAGGGGGCACAAUGGCCGUCACGCCCCCUCCCAUAGACUUGCAUUGAGGGGGGCGGUAUGCGAUGUCACUUGACGGGGUUUGACGUCACAAGGGGGGGGGGGGGGCAGGCGUGAACACGGAAGCCCGCACACAGCGUUCGGAUUAAAGGGGUUGUAUGGGAUCAAAAAAUGGAAUUGCUUUUUUCUUAGAAAAACAAUGUAGGGGAGAUUUAUUAAACCUUGUGCAAAGGAACAGAGAAAUAGAUGCCCAUAGCAACUCCAGACACAUCCCAUGGACAACAAUGGCAAACUUUCUAGAAAACAAAGGACACCAUUAGACAAGUCCUUUAACUGAAUUGCAGUUAGAUGGGCCCAUACCAUCUAAAAAUUAUAGCUGGAGACCUUAUCCUGUCCUUCAAAGUCAGUCACUAGCAACUUAAAAAAUCUGUCUGUGCCCCUUUAAAAUUUGAAUUCCUGUAAGAGACAAAAUAACCAUACAAGGAAUAAAACAGUAAAUUCAAUUGCCAAAACCAAAAGAGCUCAGACUCGGUUUUACCCUAUUAUAAUUUUAUGAGGAGUGGCGAUAAAGAGUAUAUUUAUGGCAUUCUGCUAAAUACCACAAGUUAUCGUUGAUGAAUGAAGUUUAGUUUAACUGAAGCAGUAAACAUAACGUCUCAUUUUGAUGAUUACCUAACUCGGCACAAAUUUUACAUAGACGUUACUUUUAUAGAACAUUUUGGAAACCAUAAAUUAAAUUAUUUUUUUUAUUUUUUUUUACCUUAUGGACAGUGACUUAAUGGAGAACUUAGUAAGCAAUUUAUUUGUGAUUGUUAUGUAAAAUUAAAUAUAAUGCAAGACUUAAUAAUUUAUUGCAUAGAAAAAUAUAUUAUUGUAAUUUGUAAAAAUAUUUGGUGAGGUCUCCCUCCCAAGCUUUUUUUUGGAGACAAACAACAUUUUCCUGUGACCAACAUCUUUUUUUCUCUACUGUCAGUGUUGCCCAUUUCCUCCAUUCCUGUUUAGGCUUUGUAAAGGUAUGAUAUGCAUCAACAUGAAUCAAUACAAACUGCCUAGGAAGACUCAUGACUUAUCUAGCCAUUGCUGGAGGAGAAUUAAAGGUGGAAGUCUCCUUGUAUUUAAGGUCCAUGGGGCUUUUGCCCUCCUAUAAUCUGGCCCUGACUGCAUAGCAACUAAAACAAUAAAUUGUUAGGCUUUGUUCACAUCUGCAUCUUGGUUUCUAUUAUUAACAGAAACCAAGACAGAGUUUACGUUCUAUUGCAUGACACAUGUUGGCGCGUACAGUUUAAUGGGAAAAAUAUUGACGUAAGCACCACCAUUACAAACAACAGAAUUCAUGACAGAUGAUCAUGAUGUAGCCUUCAAUGCAAAUGUGAACAUAGCCUUAAGAAACAUACUUACCAAAAACAUAAUACCAACAGGGACAAUAAUAGAUUUUUAAAAAUGUCUAAUACUUUACUGCUAAAUUGGAUUAAUUUUACAGUACAAAUUAAAUGUGAGUGGGUUAAUAAUGCUAAAAAGUUAUAUUAGAAAUUAGAAAACAAAUAAGAAAAAGAAAACAUACAGACAGGUCUGUGUUUUGUGAAACUAAUGUAAGCGUAAAAAAAUGAGAAGAAAAUGUUAUUUUUUGUUUUAAUUAUUAAUUUUAUUUUAUAUAAGAAUGAAUGUUUUAACUCCUUUGGCACUAAAGGAAGCCGGCUCUUUGAAUGUUUGUAGAGGAGUCACAAAAAAUAUCAAACCUAUGGUAUGAUGUAUAGUAACACAAAUGUUGUAAUAUUUAUUUUGUUUUAUAUUAAAGAAAUGUUUUUUUUUAUCAAGUUGUAAAUUUUACA